AGACUGGUGGCCACAUUGCAACAUAGUCGAUAGCAUUCGAUUUGCACUAAAUAAGGACUUGACAGACAUGACAUUGAUCACCACCCAGUGAUCAACCAAUUGUGAUUACAUCUCAGUCCUACAGGAGAUCGGUCGCGACUCGGAUAGCUCAGUGGUAACGUCUCUCGCUGUGAAGCUGGGUGACACGAGAUCAAAUCCGCCAGGGAGCACCAGUUCCCUCAAGGUUACAGGUACACUUUGCUGACGAGUACCAUGUAGCACGAAACCCGGGUCCAGGGUUUCUUGUCGACUACCUCCAACCAUCAUCUAAGUUGGUUUUAUUUAAAGCUUAACAUAUAUCAACAUCUCUAUUAUCAGUAGUCAAUAUCAUUAUUUUUAAACUACCACCCACGCAAACACUUUCAUCGAAAUAUUAACCAAUCAUAUUUUGAGAAAAAAAAGAUAUAUAAACAAAAUUAAACUAUCACAAAUAGUUUAAAUUCAAUUAUUCAAUCCUUAUUAUUCAUUAAAUAGAAUGUACAAUUGAUUAAAUGUUAUAUUUGUGAUCAUUUACUUGUAAAAGAAUAAUUUAAAUAAUUAUUAUUAAUUUAUUAAAUAGUUGACUAAAUUUCUUUCUUCUUUAAUUCAUCAUGUAUAAAUGUAUCAUAAAACUAUUUUCAAAUUUAUCACAUUUCAUUCAAUUCAAACAAAUUUUGUUACAAUUUAUAAGUGUUACUUGUUUUGUUAUGAUGUUUUUAUUUGGUGCAACAUCAUGUUGGUUAUUAUGGAUUUAUUUAAUUAUUAAAUUUAUUAAAUUAUUCUAUAUUAUUGGUAAUAAAUUAAUUAGUAAUGAUAAUAUUAUACAAAAUUCAUAUGAAUUUAUACAUAAUGAACAAUUAUAUGAUUUAUUUCGACAAUUUAUUACAUUAUUUUUAAUUAUUAUUGUAUAUUGGAUAUAUUGGUAUAUUGAUAAAGGUUCCGAAGAGAAAGGUAGUCAUCCAAAAUAUUUUAUUAGAAAUUUAAUAAUAUGGAAAUAUAUAGCAUGUUAUUUUCCAAUUAAACUUGUUCUUAGUGAAUUAUAUCAAAAUAAUAAUAAUAAUAAAGAUAAUGAACAUACAUCUGAAUUAACUACACUCAAUGUUAUUACCAAUCAAAAUUGUCAUAAUGAUGAAGAUCAAAAUUCAAAUGAUAAAAUGUAUAUUGAAACAAUUAUAAAUAAACAAGAUUAUUCUACAAAUGAAAAUAAUUUAACAUGUAUAAAAGAAUUAUUUCCUACAAGUAAUAAUUAUCUAGUUGGUUAUCAUCCACAUGGAAUAUUUGGUAUUGGUGCUUUUAUUAAUUUCUUAACUGAAGCUAAUCAAUUCUCUGAAAAAUUUCCAGGAAUUACACCAUGGUUAACAACAUUGGAGAUUAAUUUCAAAGCGCCAUUUUAUCGUGAUUUUCUAUUAUCUUUUAAUCUUGUAGCAGCAACAUACAAAGGACUUUCAUAUCUCCUUGAUUCCCAACAAUGUGGAAAUACAGGAAAUUUCGUUGUCGUCGUUUUGGGUGGUGCUCCUGAAGCAUUAGAUUCACGUCCUGGGAAAUAUGUCUUCCACACUAACCGACGAUAUGGCUUUUUUAAGUUAGCAUUAAUGACUGGGUCGCACUUGGUACCGUGUGUAUCGUUUGGUGAACCGAAUAUGUUUAAACAAGUGUACAAUCCUGAAGGGAGUUGCAUAAGACACUUCCAAAAUCGAUUUACGAAAAUGGCAACAUUCUCACCUCCUUUCUUUUAUGCUCGAUUUUUUCUGCCUUAUCGGACAGAUGUAAACACAGUCAUUGGACGACCAAUACCGUGUGAAAAAAACCCAAAUCCAACAAGAGAACAAAUAUCAGUGCUGAAAGAAUUAUACCUAGAAGAACUUCGAAAUCUUUACAAUAAAUAUAAACCAAUCUAUGAUCCAGAUGGGGACCUAAUGUUUGUUUGAAGCUGAGAUAAUCGUAUUUUCACAGUUUAUUCUAUUAGCCAAAAAAACAAUAAACAUUACUAUCUAGGACUUUAUGAUUCUGAUUAUUUUAUUUAUGACAAUUAUUUUUCAGUUUCAAGAUGUACAUUCAUUUGAAAACAUUUUUCGCCUUUUAAUUUCUUCUAUGAUCUAAUGAGGGACAACAACUCUCGAUAUAUUUCAAUACUGAUCCGUAGUACAAGACUACGGAAAUACGACGGCUUAAUCAAAUCAAUCGGUAUUAUAAUGUAUCGUAGUCUAUGUUAAAAGUCUUCGCAACCUAUAUAAGUCAUUGUCUAAAAUGAUAGACUAUGUAGGUCUGAGGUUCGAGAGAUAAGUCUAGAUUACUCUUAAAUUCUAGGAACAAUAAGGGUGUAUAUCAAGUUUGUAUUUACUAACUUAAGGGAGAAGGAACAAAAUGCUUCCUCUAUUUUGGCAGAAUAGUGAAAAAAAAUUUAUCACCGUUCACAAUAUUCAGGAAGAAACUUUAAUGAUUCAAUACAGGUCACUUCUAUUAAGCAUUAACAUGGUAAAGUAUACCUGAAAAUUUAGCUUAUAUGAACAAAAUAAGGUAUGGAAUUAGAGUGCAUCAUACAGAGUUAGUACACCUAUUAAUGUCUAAGAAACGCUUUAAAGAGAAUUCAAUAUAUAAAGUUUACGCUAUUCACUUCGACCAACAAUCAACAUAUGGAAUAAAGACAAAUUGUGGAGUCCCGCUGCCUGUGCAUAUAACAGCUCAACGGCUUCGUGGUUAGUUGUAUUGUACGGACAAUUAGGCAAGUUCACUGUACCUCGAAUACCACCCUUUAAAGUUAAGUGAGGAACAGCCAUCCAAUACCAAACAGAUACGACUCACAUUUUUAAUUUCCAUAAUUACACAAUCACUUACUUAUUUACACCUGUUACUCCUCGUGAAGGAGCAUAGGCCGCUCACCAGCAUUCUCCAUCCAACCCUGUCCUGGGCAAUCCUUUCCAACUCCUUCCAGUUGUAAUUCAUCCUUUUCAUAUCUGCU